GUGUUUUACACCAUGGACAUAAAAUCUCGAUUUACCGGGUCAUUUCUCCCGGCAACGACCGGCGUUGACUCAUCAGAACCAUAAUCGGGGAAAACUAAAACCCGAUCCGAGCACCUGCAACCAAAAUAAAAUACCCGACUCGGACCCAUUUUUAAUGGGCUUUUUAUCUAAAUUUAAAAAAAAAAAACAGAGAUCCAUAACAUUUCCCAUUUUUCCCAAAUCGACAAAAAAUUGAAUAUUAGGGUUCUUCAUCGUGUGAGAAACUUCAAUUCAGAGUGAAGAUGAAAUUAACAUCGGAAUCGUCUAGUAGCAUGAGGAGCAGGUCUGGAGUCGGGCAAGUUUGUGAUUGUGGAUUGCCGGCGAAGAUGUUCAUCUCGAAAACGGCAAGAAAUCCAAAUCGAAGGUUCCUUGGAUGUGAGCUGUACAAGGAAGGUGGUAAUGGUCAUUGUAAGUACUUUAGUUGGGUUGAUGAAGAAGAAGUGAAAGGCUGGCCGAGAAGAGCAUUGGUUGAAGCUCAAGCAGAAAUUAAUGAGAAGAAUAAGAUAAUAAGUCAACUAUCAACGACAAUCAUGGAGCUGAAGGGGGAUUUAGAGAGAAAUCAGUUGUAGAAGAAGAAGAUUGAUGAUAUGGAAGCAAUUGUGUCUCGUCAACGCCUCGUUAUCACGGGUUUGACAGGCUUGCUUGUUUGUGCAAUUGGAGUCAUCGUACUUGGUUAAGUUAAUUACUAUGUAAUGUAUUUCAUCGUACUUGGAUUUGUCAAGUAGUUGUUAUUGAUGUUGAUUUGUAGGAUUUGGUCCGUUUAACAUAUUGAACCAAAAGUCGGAUGGUUUAAAGAACUUUUU